GAGAACAGAAAAAAAACAACAUUCCAAGAAAUUUUGUUAAUACAUGCCAAUGCAGUUUUAUAUGAGAAGGGAUAGUUGCAUUCAAGAGAAACUGCAUUUACCAGGACAUCUACAGUGAAGAAAACAUCUCAGACCUCACAACCAGCAACGGCCACAGCUUGGCUACGAAGCUCACAGUUACUCAUUUCCACGAGAGAAAAGGCAGACAAAAGGUGACAGAAGAUAACCAUCAUGGCAUCAGCAAGUCUGCAGUUCUUUGCUUUUAUUCUGGCUUUGUUUGGUGUUUUUGGAGAUAUCGCAGCCACCUUGCUACCCAACUGGAAGGUAAAUGCAGACGUUGGCUCAAAUAUCAUAACAGCUAUAACACAGAUGCAAGGACUUUGGAUGGACUGCACGUGGUACAGCACUGGGAUGUUCAGCUGUACCCUGAAAUACUCGAUUCUCUCUCUCCCCGUCUACAUCCAGGUUGCACGGACCACCAUGGUACUGUCGUGUAUCCUAUCAGCCUUUGGGAUCUGCAUCACUACAGUCGGAAUGAAAUGCACAAGGCUGGGAGGGGAUACUGACAGCAAAAAUAAUGCUUGUUUUGCUGGAGGAAUCUGCUUCAUUCUUGCAGGAAUCUUUGGAUUAGUACCAACGUGCUGGUACACAAGAGAAAUUAUUUCCAAUUUCCUGGACCAGACCGUUCCAGAGAGUAGUAAACACGAACCGGGAGGAGCAGUUUAUACUGGAUUCAUCUCAGCGGGUUUUCUGCUUAUCGCAGGUGUGAUCUUCUGCUCUUCCUGUUUUAAAAGGCAGCAAGGAGCAUGGAUUUACCCUCCGAAGCAGCACCAUUUCCCAUCCACAGAGCAGGAGAGCAAUGCAGGUUACAGCCUGAAGGACUACGUAUAAAUAAAUAGUUACUUCUAUCCAUUGAAGUAUUUCUAUUCAUUCAAGGGGGCUUUUUGUGUGUUAAGUGUAGCUUGGUUAUUUCAAUGAAUGUAUAACAUAGCACUUAAUCUUUCCUGUAUCUGGGUUGCAGUUAUGCUUAUGCAAGGUAUUUCAUUUAUAGGGGCAUCCACAAAAAGGAAGGAGUGGGAAAAGAUACUUGUCUGCUAUUAGAGUACUUUAUUUUGUUGAUUUUUCAAACCCUUCUUUCUGACUUCCCAAGUUACACUUGUUGAAGAAAAAGGAGCUAUUCUAAAAACAUAACUGACUGUACAAUUCAUGCAUCAAUGUCUUGUUACAGCAAAGAUGAUUAAAACCUAACUGCUUUCUGUUUAGUGAAUCAGACUUUCAAUAAUAUAUGACAUUUUACACCGUAUUUUACAUUUCUAUCUUGAUUUCAUUUAUGAUGCAAGGUAAGAAAAACCCAGAAACUGUUUGUCCAAGAAGCCCAAUUCAAAGGUUUUAAAAAAGCGGACACAUCUGCCUUUCAUUUUCAAUUCUAAAUUGCCUUGGUAACUAGAUUUUGUAAAAAAAAAAAAAAAAAAAAAAAAAAAAAAAAAUCAACCAACCAAAACAAAUCCACAACAAAAGCUCAAGGCUCCAAACCUCAGCUGCACUGUAGACUUUGCAUAUCAGGCUGAUGGAUCAGCAGUACCAUUCAGCUCUUGCCAAAACCAGCUCUCCUGCCCAAAACUGCCACCUGCUGUGGGUUUCAUUUAUUAUUGUUAAAGGAAAGUGUGCUGGACAUCCACCAAUAGCUACUAAUCUAUCACUACACAGUGAAUGUUAGAGAUGAGCAGUAGUACAAGAGAAAUGUAAACAUAACUGUGAAAACACCUGCAAAUUGUAAUGAAUAGGAUAGAAGCCAAAUUAUCUAUGUUCAAGAAACAUCUGUAAACAUUCUGGCUUACACUUGCUAAAGGCAGUUAUUAACAGCUCAAAUAACACAGUAACCACUUACUGCCUUCUACAUUUCUGACCUUCUCAAAGAACCUUUUAAGUCCUUUUAAUUAUUCAUGUAGGAUCUGUUCCAGGCCCACUCCCAGGUAUUCUAUUACUAUAAAAUGUACUAUACAACAGUAAAAAAGAGACAGCUUCUCUAUUCUUUUAACUGUCUUACUUUGAAUAAUUACCUUAAAUCCUUUAACCUUUUCUUUAAACACACAGUUUUUUUUGUAUUGGUCACUGGCCAGUGUGAGACCUAAAUAUUUCCCUAAGUGAGAACCAAAUCAAGAAUGAAAACAGGUAUGAUACAGGCCUUUAGAUUUAGGAACAUAAUGCUGGAUGAGUCUCUCAAUAAAAUCAACUGCUAUUUAUUCUGCAUAUUUAUACACAACUUUCAUUUCCCACAGUACUAGUCUAAACUUUGCUAAAAGACCAUGAAGGAGCCUAAACAUAAAAUGUUUGGUAUGUUGGGAAAAGAUGUUUUACUACAGCAUUUGAUAAAGUGGACUAUUUUAUGGACUUAAUAUGUAAGUAGUCUUUAUUCAUAAAGAGUCUUCAUUUUUCACACACAGAAUGGCAUUACAUCUUGUUUUUAUUCUUCUGUUACAUACCUAUCUUGAGUUUCCUACGUUUUAAUCAAGGAGCUUGAUUUGCCCUAUUCCUAAUGCAACUAUCAGCAGUUAUUAGAUAUUGCAGAGACUUCACUAUGACCAAAAAGCAAAUUUCUUUUUUUCCUAGACACAAUGUUGUGCAGUACCAUUCCAUUAACCAAGAAUCUUUUAUGUCUCAACACUCAUAGCAAUGUUGAAAUAAUAUGCAUGCAUUGAGCAAAUGAGGUAAACAACUCCUUUACACAAACAUGCAUCUCCACCUUUAGAAAGGGGUUUGACAUGACACUAAGCCAUGAUCACUACCAUGUGCAUGAGUUAAAUCUGUUUGCAAAAAUUAUAAUCAAGAGGCAUUUUUACAGGAGGGUGUAAGGAAAAGGUACUAAUGGCAUAACAUGAGCACAACAAAGUUUAUUGGUUACACAUGCUGCAAAUUUUUCUUCCUGAAACUUUAUAUAAAGUAGCUGUGCUAUGAAACAAAAAUAAAGGACAGAGCCAUUUCAUUCACAGUACGUUGCAAAAGCAGAUUCUAUGAGAAAUUCCAUACGUUGCAAUAAAACAGAUUCUAUGAGAAAUGGUAGCAUCUAUAAUCAUGUCAGUCCACAGCUAAAAGAACAAGGACAAAACACAAGAUCAGUCUACAACAGGUGUGUGAAGGAAACAAAAUAAUAGGGAAAACAUAUGCCAGUCCUGUCUGAAAGAAUUCUGCUUUUGCAAUAUAAGCAAUACUUGUUUUAACUCAAAAAAUACAUAAAAUAAAAAUAUGCCUGCCUUUA